AUGCGAAAUUUGACCCAUGAGGAAUGUUUAUUUGCUGUGAAAGAAGCACAAAAGCCAAACAAGACAUUCAGUACAAUAGCACGUCAACUGCAUUGUGAUCGUCGAACCAUUAGUCGUAUUGUCGCUCGCUUCAAUGAAACAGGAUUAUUGGCUGAACAAGAAAAACUAGGUCGACCAACUUCUCUUAGUGAAGGACAACAACGGUCACUCGACAAGUACAUCUCAAAAAAUCCAACUGCAACUUCAAAUCAACUUUCGAACUAUAUCUUUAACAAGUUUGGUAUUAGAGUUAGUGAACGUACAUUACAACGCUAUCGUCGGGCUCUUGGAUUUUAUCCACGAAAACCACAAACCAAAGUCAUAUCAACACAAGCUCAAGUCGAAAAACGUCAUUUAUUUGCAGUAGAACAUCAGAAUAGUGAUCUCAAGAAAUGGAUUUUCAUUGAUGAGACACAGGUGCAAUUACGUAACACAGAUAAAAUCGUUUGGGUGAAACGUGGAGAACCAACUCCUCCACACGAAAUUUCUUCUCUUCGUUCUUAUGUCAACUAA